AUGCGACCAUGGUCACUAUGGAUGGGGCUGCCCGCCGUCGCGGUGCAGGUGCUGGCGUUGGUGGCGGCCCAUGAGCCGUCUCUGGAAGAGAUCGCACGACGGUACACGAAGCGCACAGCGGGCGGGAUUCACUUGCCCAUCGUCCGGCGCGAGUCGCCCGCUGCACUAGAGAGAAGAGCGGUGUCGGGGAUCGGGUUGGGGAACUUUGUGGAUAUCGCGUACACUGUCUUGAUCACCAUCGGCGGGACGACGACCCCGCUGAUCCUAGACACUGGCUCUUCAGACAUGUGGGUCAUGUCCGACGGAUGCACUGACGGUUGCGGGGAUGGGACCGUCCCAGUCUACCCACAAGCAAGCUUCCAGUCCGCCGGAAUCGACGCGGCCAUGUUCUACGGAGACUCGCGGACAGGGACUUUCGCGGCGGGGCUCAUCGGGCGGGACACGGUGGACCUCGCUGGGCUGACGGUGCAGAAUCAAUAUUUUGCCGCCAUCAACCAGACGAACACGACCAUCUCGAGCAUCGGCGCGGCGGGGAUCUUUGGGCUUGGGUUUCCGAUAAACAGCGUGAUAUGGAAUAACCUGUUCGUGGACCAAUUCGACCUUGACGAGUCGAGCGGGCUCUUCGAACGCGUAGAGUCGCCCUUGCCGCAUCCGAACGUCAAGUUCGGCUCGCCUUUUCCCAAGAGACCGUUCAGCCGCUUCAAGUUCCCUACUAUCGGCCAUCGUUUAGGCAGCCCGCACGGCGAGCGGCACGCCCCGCGCCAGGUCAACUCGGUCCUCCUCAACGCUUUCGAGUCGUGGAACUCCCUAGGCCCUUUCCUCCCAAGAUUAGUGAAUACAAAUGCUCUGACCAGCCCGAUGGUCAGUGUCACUCUGCAGCGGAACACGGUGGACAUAGGUGGGAACGUAGGGAUGCUGAGCAUCGGCGAGCUACCGUCAGGCGUGAAUGCGAGCGAGCUGACGUGGGUCCCACUGAGGGCGUACGAUUAUGAUGAUGGAGGGAUACCAGGGCCGCCUGAUGCGCCGAACGAGAUCUAUCCAAUUACUUGGGAAGUAAUGCUCGACGACGUAUAUUUGGACGGCGAGAAGCUGCCCCGAUCCACGCUGUCAUCAUCCACGAUCGGGCUCUCCGCCCUUAUCGACACGGGUAACUCCCUGCUUCGUGGUCCAGCCGACGUUGUCGCCUACGUCCAAUCCAGACUUGGAAACGCUGGCCUAUUCGCAUGCGACGAACCUCACUUACUCGAGUUCGAGAUCGGCGGCAAGCGAUUCCCCGUCGACCCGCGCGAUUUCGUCACGCAGGCAUUCACGAACAACGUAGACGCGUGCUACGCGAACCUCGUCUCGACGGACCCGCCAAGGGUGGGCGGGUACCAGUUUAGCUGGAGCCUGGGUACACCGUUUUUGAAGGGCGUGCUUUCGUCGUAUUAUUUUGGCAACCUCACGUACCCUUCACAAGACCAACCAAGGAUAGGCUUUCUCUCGACUGUCCCAAGCAAUGCGAACGACCUGCUCCGAGCUGCUGUGGCGUCUGCUGCGAGGGCGGACGAUAAUUUCCCUGCGAUAUCGCAAGUUGCACCGUCCGGAACAGCCACCCCAGGACUGACAGACUCAAAUGGUAUCCCACAAGCCACAGCCGCCUUCAAUGGCGCGGGUGGGGCAUUCGGGCGCCUAACGGCAGGAUCUUUUGUUUCUGUGGUUGUCGUUAACGCGUUCGCUGUCGUCGGCGGACUAUGGCUCCUUGGGCUGUAA